UCUCAAAAUAUGCAAUUAUCCCUUUUUGUUAUUCCUACUCUUUCUCAUUCUUAUUACACAAUCAGAUCUUACAAGCUUUUCUCAUUUGUAUUCUAAUUUUGAUUUUUUGAAAAAAAAAAAAAAACGAUGGCAGAUUCACCUCCAACGUUGCCAAUAACACGAAAACAAAGUUCAUUUCCACCACCACCAUUGCAAAUUCGAGAUUACAAUAGCCCUCGAAUGUCAGAGUUAAGGAAAAGUCUAUUUUCACCUUCAUUGCGAACACCAACAUUCAGGAGUAAUCGAAAAUCUUUGUUGUUUUUGGCUUAUGUUUUCACUUUUUUAUUUGUUACAUGUGCUAUCUUUUUUGUAUUUAAUAAUCCUUCUAUAAAUCAUUCUUUUAGAAAAAUCCUCAAUAGUAGGAGAUCACAUUUUUCCACAAUUUUCUCACAUUAUUUUCAUUCUGAUCAUCAAAACUCAACUCUUUACUCUCUUCCAUUUACAAAUAAUGAUUCUUCAAUUUCUCAUAAUGGUUUUAUUGCAAUUUCACCUAGCCAAAGGAAUGGUUACUCUGAAAAUGGUUUGCAGAGUUCCAUGAAAAAUGAUCCUACUAGUAAAAUUGAAGAAGAAGAGAUACAAAAGGUGAAUUUGUUGUCGAAUUCGGAAAAAAAUGAUCAUGUUUUGAAGAAUGAAGGUAAAUCAAGUAGAAAAAGAGAAGCGGAAGAGAGACAAAAUGGGAAUGUGUUGUCGAAUUCAGACAAAAAUGAUCAAGUUUUGAAGAAUGAAGGUAAAUCAAGUAGUAAAAGAGAAGAGGAAGAGAGACAAAAUGUUAAUGUGUUGUCAAAUUCGGAGAAAAAUGAUCAAGUUUUGAAGAAUGAAGGCAAAUCUAGUAGUAAAAGAGAAGAUAAAGAGACUUCGAAUUCAGAGAAAAAUGAUAAAUUUUUGAAGAAUGAAGGUAAAUAUAAUAGUAAAAGAGAAGAAAAAGAGAGACAAAAGGUGAAUUUGUUGCCAAAUUCAGGAAAAAAUGAUGAAGUUUUGAAGAAUGAAGGUAAAUCUAGUAGUAAAAGAGAAGAUAAAGAGACUUCGAAUUCGGAGAAAAAUGAUCAGGUUUUGAAGAAUGAAGGUAAAUAUAGUAGUAAAAAAGAAGAGGAAGAGAGACAAAAGGAGAAUGUGUUGACGAAUUCGGAGAAAAAUGAGACAAGGAAAGAGGCUUGGUGGGAAGUGAUGAAUCAUUGUGAUGUUUUUGAUGGAAUGUGGGUGAAAGAUGAUGCUAACCCUAUGUAUGAACCUGGUUCUUGUCCAUUUAUUGAUGAGCCAUUUGAUUGUUAUCAAAAUGGAAGGCCUGAUAAUGGUUAUCAGAAUUUCAGAUGGCAGCCUAAGCACUGUAGUAUUCCAAGGUUGGAUGCCAAAGAAAUGUUGGAACUUUUGAGAGGAAAGCGAUUAGUCUAUGUCGGUGACUCUCUGAACAGGAAUAUGUGGGAAUCAAUGGUUUGUCUUCUCAGAAAUUCUGUUGAAGACAAGAAUAGAGUUUUUGAGGUAUCUGGAAGAGAAGAUUUCAAGAAAGAGGGUGCUUAUUCUUUUAUAUUCGCGGAUUAUAAUUGUUCUGUUGAGUUUGUACGUUCUACAUUUCUCGUUCAAGAAUGGGAAAUUCCAGAUGGGAAUGGAUCAACCAAAGAAACACUCAGAUUAGAUUUGGUAGAAAGGUCAUGUGACAAAUACAAAGGAGCCGACGUCCUUGUCUUUAACACUGGACACUGGUGGACUCAUGAGAAAACAUCUGAAGGGAAGGGCUACUAUCAAGAAGGUAGCCAUGUUUAUGGUGAACUAAACGUUGUUGAGGCAUUUCGCAAGGCAAUGACAACAUGGGCAAGAUGGAUUGAGGCCAAUGUAGAUCCUUUAAAGACUGAUGUUUUCUUUAGAGGCUAUUCAGUCUCUCAUUUCAGUGGAGGUGAGUGGUAUGCUGGUGGAAAAUGUGAUAGUGACACCGAGCCACUUAUGGAUGAGAAAGAUUUGUCACCUUCGUUGUAUCCACCAAUAAUGGGAAUGCUAGAGGACGUGAUAAAGUGGAUGAAGUCACCAGUAUACUAUUUGAAUGUAACCAUAAUGUCAGACUUCCGCAAGGAUGGACAUCCAUCGAUUUACAGGAAGCCAAACAUGACAGAUGAGGAGAGAAGGACGACGUUAAGGUUCCAAGAUUGCAGCCAUUGGUGCCUUCCUGGUGUACCAGACACUUGGAAUGAGCUUCUAUAUGCACAGCUAUUGAUGAAACAUUAUCAGAAACAACACAAACAACAACAACAACAGAUAGGUUCUUAGGCGAACAUAGUGAUAGUAUAAUAUCGAUAUGAUGUUGUUUGGCGUAAAAUGUCCAGAGUUAGUUAUAGUUUUUUCAUUAUGAGAAGUCAAAAACAAAGCUAUUAGCUAAUAGCUACACAUAGUUCUAUGUGGAACCACUUAUCCAAUAGUAUAGUUUCAAGUUACUUUUACUUUACCAUGUUACAUAAAAUCUGGAUAUGUAAACAUCCUUUUCAAGAUUGUCUUCUUGAUCGACCAAAUA